CUUCUCCCAGCUUUUCCUCUUCCUUAAUUUCAUUUCAUUCACCGUAUUAAUUUCUUCGGCAUCUUUUAUUCGCAGUGCAAUUAACUGCUUUCUUCUUCUAAAUCUUCAUGUUCUUCACCAAAUCAUUUCUUCUUUAAGAUCUAUUGUUUAUUUUUCUUUUUCUUUUUUUUGCGUACUUUACUCAAUUUUUAUUUUCAUCUUGGUUUAGUCCAUCUUUUUUUGGUUCGUAAGCAUCAUCGUAUGGAGUUCGAGUCAGUGAUCAAAAUGCAUUACCCAUAUCUCGCAGCCGUUAUGUACGAUGACAAUUUCACCUUAAAAGAUUUUCAUCCAUCUCUUUCCGAUGAUGUUUCAUGUAUACAAAAUGUGCAUCAUAAAUCUUUCCAGAUAAAUCUCGAUAAAUCGCAUCUCCCACCUGAUUUGUGUCACAAAAAUCUUGCAUCAAAGGUCUCAAACACAACCUCCGGUCAUAUUCAAAAUCUAAACACUGUUCCCUAUCACUUCGAUAUGCAGCUUCACACAUACGAAACGACUUCAAAAGAUACGUCUAGGGGGAUCAUCACGCCUUCCCCAUGCAGCGAGGCUUUCGAGGCAUAUCUUCAUGGCAUAGCCAACGACCAAGAUCGCUUCGAUAUGGCCUAUAGCAGCACCUCGCUAGCUGUUCAACCCACCAUUUCACAUGUCCAACGUGACAAUACUAUGUGGGGUAAUGAUCAAAACCAAGGAGUCAUCUUUGGGACCGAAUCAAUCUUCAAUCUCGCCAUGGUUGACUCUAAUCUGUACGAUGCGUCUAAACCAUUGGGUCUCUUGAGUGCAAAUGAAGAUGCCAUCAUGAGUCGACGUCAAAAUCAUCAAAUAAUCAUCAAAACCAAUCAGAUCAAGAAGAACAAGAGAUUGCAGAUGAGGAGAGUAUGCAAACCCAUAAAGAAAGUUAGCAUCAUCAAAGGGCAAUGGACUUCCGAAGAAGACAGGUUAUUGGUGCAAUUAGUGGAGCGUCAUGGGACUAAGAAAUGGUCUCAGAUUGCUAAGAUGCUUCAAGGAAGAGUUGGAAAACAGUGCAGAGAAAGGUGGCAUAACCAUCUCCGCCCCGAUAUCAAGAAAGAUGGCUGGAGUGAAGAAGAGGAUAGGAUACUAAUUGAAGCUCACAAGGAGAUCGGUAACAGAUGGGCUGAGAUCGCUCGGAAGCUCCCUGGACGCACUGAAAACACGAUCAAGAACCAUUGGAACGCGACUAAACGCCGACAACACUCGAGGCGGGCAAAAGGAAAAGACGAAAUCUCCCUUGCACUUGGCAGCAACACUCUUCAGAACUACAUUAGAUCUGUUACCUACAACGAUGAGCAUGCCCUCGCGACCGCAACCUCUAACGCAAACGCAAAGGUCGGUCCAACAAAAAAUAUGAGAGGUAAAGGUAAAGCUGUAGCUGUAGCGGUCUCUGAGUACGACAAUGAUGAUGAGAAUGAUUGUAAGUAUAUCGUUGAUGGUGUGAAGAACUUGGGUCUAGACGAUGGCAGAAGAAAGGGGACGUAUGUGUCUGCUGAGACUUGUGCGUCAGGAUCAACCUCCACUUCUGGUUCAACGUCUGGUUCAGGGAGUGGUGUAACCGUGGAGUUUGACGAACCGAUGACAGAUAGCUGGAUGGUGAUGCAUGGGUGCGAUGAAGUUAUGAUGAACGAGAUUGCUCUCCUGGAGAUGAUUGCUCAUGGCCGUCUUUAGGCCGCAAUAUGAUCAAGCCAAACUUGAUUAUAUAUCUUAUAUAUAUAUUAUAUCUAUCCUAUAUGUGAAAUUAAUAUUAUGCUUUUUUAUCGAAGAAAUGGACAUGUAACAUAUAUUCUGGUUCAUUAAUGUAUUUUUCCGCCUUCUCUUU